AUGACGAUAGCAGCAGAAACAAUUGUGAUACGUGAAGAGCAUGAUGACACUGCAAUUCCUUCAUUCUUCUACAAUUUAGUUGCUUUCAAUCAGUUCCAUGUUCAUGCCAAUCGUACUGAUAUGGUCUUCGGAUUAGUUCUGUAUGCUUCACCAAUUGAGUAUGUUGGAGAACACUCAGCUAAAAGAGAUUUCGCGAUAAUGGAUAAAACUUGGACAACUAUUAAGUUAACUCUUUGGAAUGAUUUUGUGCACAUACUUGGAGAUGGGCAUCUUAAUACUGACUCUAAUUUUUGUCCAAUUCUUUUUGCAUGUGGUUUACAUGUAAAGAGCUUUCGUGGUCGGACAUAUCUUACAACAGGAUUUUACUCCAGGCUUUAUGUUAACAAAGUAGAUAACGUAACUACUUCCUUAUCUACAUGGUAUGAAUCGAAUAAAUUAGCGAAAAAAAGGGUUGCGGGGUUUCGCUCCACUCCUCUCUCCUUACAAUCAUUUAUUGAUAUUUCAAAUGCUCCUCGGAUACGAUUAGCUACCUUCUAUGCCGUACAAUAUUGUCGAGUUAUUGCCAAUGUGUGUCAUCUAGAGCAGGCUGACAAUUUCAUAUAUGAAGCAUGUCAUCGUUGUCUCAAAAAGGUGGUUAUUUUCCAAGGGGUUCCCAAAUGUGAGUCUUGCGAUCUUACGAAUGUUCUAACCAUUCCAAGAUUGUUAUUCCGGUUUAUAACAUGUGAUAUAAGUGGUUGUUUAAAGGUCACAAUGCUUCAUGAUCUUGCACAAAACAUUUUGAGAUGCCCAGCUACGGAGAUAAAAUUAUUACUUCAACAGCCAAAUGGACGCACCCGAGUCAUGGAGAUGAUAUUUUCUAAACUUGGAAAAAAAUCCUUCUCUUGGAUUAUACCUCCACCUAUUGAAGAGUUCAAUCCACAUCAUUCUUAUACUGUUAGCUACGUGUUGCAUGUCGACUGGGCUGAAGAGUGCAUGUGGUUAACCAAGCACCAUCAAAACAAAUUACAUAGUUGA